CGAUGAGUAUUCAUAUUUAAAUAACACUUCAAAUCCAACUUAUUAGGUAUUCCAUCUCCCUUUCAAGAAGUUCAAUUAGCGGUUUGUGAUGGAAAGCGCACCCUGAACUCAUGCUCUCAUGUCACGAAUUAACUAACAACAGGCCGCAUGCCAGAAGGCCAUAUGCGGGGCGCAACGAACGCCCGAGCCAAUUACUGUACUUAAGGAAGCAAGGCAGACCAGUCAGGAUGAAGCUAGAGUGCUAUAACGCCAAGACAGACGAGCACAUUGCAGCAUGCAAGGUGCUCGGAGCGAUCGAAGGCAUAGCACUGCGAGCACUCGAAGAAUCGCAUCAGUAUAUAGUCACUCGUUCUGGAGGACUCUGGGAGUUCUCCAAUAAGCAACUCAAGUGCAAGAUUGUCAGUACCCUUGGACAUUGCUUGUUGUGAACCCUUUGGCUUCACCGAACCUCACCCCGUUGUCAAGUAUAACCUUCAGGAGUCCCUUUCAGAAGUUGGGGCUUUGAGAUUCGU